AUGCUCACAUCACACCUCUCUGUGCUACUCCUCGCUCUGAUCUCCUCGGGAGUGACGGGCUCUGGGCAGGAGGUGGGGGCCGGACCUCCGGGGGGGGCAGAGGCAGAGGCAGAGGCGGAGGCGGAGGCGGAGGCGGAGGACCCGGAGUGGCUCCAGUUGGGGGGCACUGCCCGGGACUGUCCCGCCUGUACUUGGAGGGAACACAGCAAAGCGCUGCGGUUGGAGUCCAUCAAGUCGCAGAUCCUCAGUAAGUUGCGGCUGAAACACGCCCCGAACAUCAGCCGCGACACCGUCAACCAACUGCUGCCCAAAGCGCCCCCUCUGCAGCAGCUCCUCGACCAGUACGACAUCCAGAGCGACGGCUGUGCCUCACAGGAGAGCGCUCUGGAGGAGGACGAGUACCACUCCACCACCGAGACUGUCAUCACCAUCGCCACAGAGACGGAUCACAGUGUACAGGUGGACAGGAGCCCAGUCUGCUGCUUCUUCAAGUUCAGCCCCAAAAUCACGUUCACCAAGGUGGUGAGGGCUCACCUGUGGGUUUACCUGCGUCCUGUGCAGCCCACCUCCAUCGUGUACCUGCAGAUCCUGAGACUCAAGCCCGUGACUGACAAGGGCACCAGACACUCUCGCAUCCGCUCGCUGAAGGUGGAGCUGAACUCGCACAGCGGCUACUGGCAGAGCAUCGACUUCAAGCACGUGCUGCAGAACUGGUUCAAGCAGCCCCACACGAACUGGGGCAUCGAGAUCAACGCCUUCGACACCAACGGCAAUGACCUGGCAGUCACUUCGCCCGGCCCAGGAGAGAAGGGGCUGCAACCUUUCCUGGAGGUCAAGGUGGCGGAGUCGAACAAGAGGACCAGGCGUAACCUGGGCCUGGAUUGCGACGAACACUCCACAGAGUCUCGGUGCUGCCGUUACCCUCUGACCGUGGACUUCGAGGCGUUCGGUUGGGACUGGAUUAUCGCCCCCAAACGUUAUAAGGCCAACUACUGCUCAGGUCAGUGCGAGUACAUGUUCAUGCAGAAGUACCCGCAUACCCACCUGGUACAUCACGCCAACGCCAGGGGCUCAGCUGGACCUUGCUGCACCCCCACCAAAAUGUCCCCCAUCAACAUGUUGUACUUCAACGACAAGCAGCAAAUCAUCAACGGCCAAAUCCCUGGCAUGGUGGUCGAUCGGUGCGGGUGCUCUUAAAAGAGACGGAGGAGAGAGAGAGAGAGAGAGCG